AGACGCCAAGUGCCGAGGCAGAUGGGAAAAGUGGACCGCUAUCGGUUGCGACUUCCUUCCCCAGAUUCUCCCGUCACUUCCUCCAGAGUCCGAAUUCGCGCCUUGAUCGUCUUGCAUUCAUUUCUACGACGCCAUCCUCAUCCUCGCCCAUGUCAACACAGCAUAUGACAGGGCGAUAACACGAGACAGCCCGACAAUAUGGAGUUUGUCACCGCCCUGCGCGGCACCUUUGACGACCAAAAACCCUCCCUCUUCGAACUUCUCUCCGAGCAACAACUCGCGUCCCUCCUCCCACCCACGCUCCGCUACCUGCUCACCGUCGCGACGCAUCGUCAUCCGCGCUACCUCCUCCGAAUCCUCAACUCGUUCGACGAACUUUACGCCUUCUGCUUCCUCCUCAUCGAGCGUCAUUACUUGCGCACGCGAGGCGGCUCGUUCACCGAGAACUUCUAUGGGCUGAAACGAGAUAAGGCAUUGCGAGGCGAGAUUCCCCGUGCUAGCGCCACGGCACCCCAUGUUGCGCGGGAGACAUUAGGGUUAAGCAACAAGGAUGUGUGGAAGAACCUCGCGGUGCUCGUCGCUGUCCCGUACCUCAAGAGGAAGCUGGACGACGGAUACGAGGUCAAUGCGCCCCGGGCGUUGCUGGGUGCAGCCUACACUCGCAUGCCAGACAAUCCGACGCUCAAGCAAAGAUUCCUGCACUACUAUCGCUGGUUCUUGCGGAAUGUGUAUCCAAGUGUGAACGCGGGGUACUGCUUUGCCAUGCUGGCAUUCAACCUGAGCUACUUGUUCGAUGGGAGUCGGUACCACAGCCCACUCAUGUGGCUGAUCGGGACGAGGGUGCGGCGGAUGAACGGUGCAGAUUAUCAAGCCAUCGAUGCGCUCAACACGACGCAAGCUGGCAAGCUCAAGCGCGGCCACGCGCCAGGGUGGACGAGCUUGCUUAGCCCGAGGGAGCUUGGGCCGAGGAUCCUGGGCGGAUUGUCAGUUGCUCUGCCCAUGAGCAUCUUUGCGCUCAAGUUUCUGGAAUGGUGGUAUCAGAGUGAUUUUGCAAAGCAGCUCACGCGGAAAGCUGCAGAGAACAUUGAGCUCCCGCCACCAGUUCUCACGUCCUUGAAGAACAAGCUGAACAAGAAGGUGGAGAAGAGGGAGGACGAGAAUGGGGAGUUGAUUGCCGAGAACGCACCCAUCGCGACUCCUUCGAUGCUGCCGAUAUACACCGUCGUGCCACCGGACGAUUCGUCUCUGUGUCCGAUAUGCCAAGAAGACAUCGUGACACCGACAGCCUGUCAGACAGGUGUUGUGUACUGCUACACAUGCAUCCAUCGCUGGCUUGAGGGGAUGCACCCGAUGCAGGAGGGAUUCAUGGAGAACAGAGAUGGAAAGUGGGAGAGCGGACAAGGCCGAUGCGCUGUCACGGGAAGACGAGUGCUGGGCGGGACAGAAGGCCUUCGAAGAAUCAUGGUCUGAGGAAUAUUGAGGUCACAUCCCGUCGACACUUGGGGCUAUUGGCUCACCACAAUGUAUGAACAGUAUUGCAUUUGUGGCUUUAGCAUGGCGUUACGCGGCAGUCCACGCGACUGUGGAAGGGGUUGAAAAUUCUAGAGACGACCAUCUAUUCAUGGGAACCCAAUACUGCUCUAUUCUGCCUGGCAUUGGAAUGGGAUGGUGUCUCACCCUGCUGGUGAUGUGAGGCUGGUGUGUCUCACAUGUCCCCUUGAACCCCCGUUUUUGCAGAUUCAACAGG